AUGCCAUCCAGCACGCCACCAUCCACACCUGGCGCGGGCGGCGAGAUCGAGAAGCACACCACGCUUCCUCAUACGAACUUGACUGACGACUUGGCUGGCUCGUCGAGUCAGGAAUCUGCCGACCAUGGAGACGCAAGGAUUGAUGCCAUUCAGCAAAAGAAACCUAUCUUGAGGUUCCUUGCGAAUCUCGAAAGUCGAAUCGACCGAUUUGCCAAGUUUGAGGCCAUGGGCGUGGAGAGGGUUCCUGAGGACAAGCGCAGACCCCCGCAAAUACUCAACAUGAUAUUUUUCUGGUUCUCCGUCUUGUUCAGCCCAACAAUGAUUCAAAUUGGUAUUUUGGGCCCGAUCCUUGGACUCGCAGUCAACACCUCCAUUAUUCUCACCAUCUUCGCAACAUUGUCCGGAUCGACUGUGCCCGCCUUUACCGCCACCCUUUCACCCAUGACCGGAUUACGACAAGUGGCAGUGUCGCGGUAUUCCUUGGGACUUUGGGGCUCAAAGUUGGCCGCUGUGCUCAACGUCGUCAUCAACAUUGGCUAUGCAACGAUUGCCGCUAUUCUUGGAGGCCAGCUUCUCCGUGCCGUGUCAGGGGGCAGUCUGGCACUGGUCGUCGGCAUCGUCAUCGUCAUUCUUGCUGCCUUUGUAGUGUCUUUGUUAGGCUACCGAGUUAUCCAUCACUACGAAAGAUAUGCCUGGUUCUUUGCUUUGGUCCUCAUCUGUGUCCUCUACGGACAGUCUGCCAAGUACUUUUCCCCAACACCUGACGCCGGUCUAAGCUCUGGAAUCGAUCUUAGCGGGGGCUGUUUGUCGUACUUUGCCAUCAUCUUCGGCGUCUGCGCUUCUUGGUGUCCGAUAGCGGGCGACUACUACAUCCACUAUCCCGUCGCAACUAGUAAAUGGUUGGUGUUUGGGCUGACAUAUAUUGGCUUGAUCGUGCCUACAAUAUUUGUUGGAAUUCUGGGUAAUCUCCUCGGGGGGAUUGUACUGACAAACGAGACGCUAUCCAGCAUUCACCGCCAAAGUGGCACGGGCGGUCUCAUUCUUGCCAUCAUGUCACCCCCUGACGCCUGGGGCAAGUUUGCCUGUGUCUUCUUCGCCCUAUCGUUCCUUGGCGACACGAUUGCGAAUAUUUACUCCAGCGCGCUUUGCAUGCAGCUCCUUGGCAAACACUUUGUUGCUGUUCCGCGGUUCUUCUGGUGCACAAUUUUGAGUCUCGUCACAUUUGCACUCGCCUAUGGUGGCCGUAAUGUGUUGGAGGAAAUUAUUAACAACCUGCUCUCCAUUCUCGGUUAUUGGACUCUUGCAUUCGCCGUCAUUCUCUUUAUUGAGCACUUUUAUUUUCGGCCCAUGAUUGGAGGGUAUGACUUGACGGCGUGGCAGGACCCAAAACGACUACCGCUGGGCUUGGCUGGUACAGGUUCUCUGCUAAUUGGCAUUGGAUUUUCAUUCUUAGGCAUGUGCCAAACCUGGUACAUCGCGCCCAUCGCCAAGAAGAUUGGCAGGUAUGGAGGAGAUGUGGGUGAUGAGCUUACUCUCAUCUCAGUCACGAUUGCCUAUCCCGUCUUGAGAACGCUGGAGCUGAAAUGGGUUGGACGGUGA